AUGAAUGGAAUAUAUAAAGCCAUCUCUCGGCAACUAAGUCGUUUUGGCAUCUCCGUCGCCCAAAAGCCCGCAUCGUCACUGCGCGUAAGUCUAUGUCGAGUAAAGGACCCAGUACCCGUGGAACGAAUAAGUGACGUCAUUUACCGUAUACCGUCCGCUGGUUGCCCUUGUGUUUAUAUUGACCACACAGGCCGACGCCUUGAGACUCGCAUCAAGGAACAUAAGUCAGCCGUUGGCCUACGGUACCGUUUAUCGCUCAUAGUUGCGUACUUUCUUGAGUGUGAUCGCUUCAAUUUGGAUGACACCGACAUGAUCGCAAUGGCUAAUACGCGACAAGCGAGAGAAUUCCUCGAAGCUUGGCACUUGAGCCCGGCUAGUAUAAACAGACACGUAGAGAUUGACUCACACUAUACCGGUUUUUGUGCAUGGUCAAUUUAUCUGGUCUCAGCCUGA